UGACCCCUCAUUUCAACCCUGAGCUACAAAUAUUCUCCUUUAUUGAAAGAAAUAAGUCCAUUUUGUUAAAAGCGGCGAGGGGCGUCACUCUAACCCUACAGACUCUGCGCCGAUCUGAUCCGGCUCCUCGCCAUUGGCCGCGAGACGUUCCGCAUCCGAAGCGUUCUGCAUACGUCGUUUCGGAAAGUUCUGUCGAAGAGAAGCCGAGAAGGGCUACCCUACUGGCGUUGUUGGGGCGCAGUCUGGUAGCUCCUGUUUCGCGCCGCUUGUCAGGUGAGCUUUUGCCAACUAUGAAAGAGGAGAAUGAUUUCCCUAAGCCUUUUCUGCUUGAUGAAGAAGCUAAUGAGUUCAAACUGGUUAGUAUAUCUUCCUACCUGAAGAAAAUCUGGGGGUUCCUCUUACAACAAUCCACAAUGUUGUGGCACAACAUAAAGAGUGGCAUCAAAAAUACUGUGUCCUGCAUCUUCCGCAAGUACCCAGUGAAUCUGCCUUUCAUCAAAAUUCUCAAAAUUUUCAUCCUGGUUUUUUUGUUAUUUUCAUUAGUUUCAAUUUUAUUAUUAUUGAAGGAAAAAGGAAUAGGUAAAAUAUAUCCAUUUGGGAACAAUGUGGCCACCAGUGUUGUCCUUGUUAAAGGAGAUAACACAGAAACCAUCCCUAAAGAUCUCACUGCGACAGUCCUGCUGGAAGCCAAGGAAUCCGAACCAUUUUGUGAGGCCAUGAAAAAUUGCUUCGACACUGCUGUCAAUAAAUUUGAAUCAGAGCCACGGAUUGUAAAGGAGAAUGCCAAGAUGAUCCUCAAGUGUAACGGAACGAGGAAGGAGUUUGUGUCAGGAAAAGGAGAAAACUAUAUUGAGGUGUUCUGGGUGGAUGGCCAAACAUAUUACACGGUCAAAGAAGCCAACUCACAAGUCUAUGCGGCAAGGCUGGGGCGCCAACCCCUCAACCUUGGCAGCCUCUUGAAAGUCUACCAACAACUGGUCUCCCUUGAAGGGUCAGAGGAGCUACAGCAGUGCCUAAAUAAGACGAUAGAGAAAUUUCCCAAGGAACCACAUGCUGUGCAGGACAAUGCCGUGUUGCAGGUCUCAUGCGGAGAAAGUAAUGUGACCUUCCAUUCGGGAGCUGGGGAGAAUGAAAUCAACGUAUACAAAGUUAUGCAGGGGGAGAUUGUGUUUAAUGUAAAAGCAAAAGGAUGGGCUUGGUGGGCCAGAUUAUUCAGAAGGAACUAAGGUAAGGAAUGAUAUCAAAGAAGAUGGUGUGGGUGGAAGCUUUGCGGUUCUGCUGUAGAGGCAAAUGAUUUAAAAGUAGUUCUUGACUUAUGACCACAAUUGAGCCCCAAAUUGCUGUCACUAAGCAAGACAGUUGUAAAAUGACUUUUGCCCCAUUUUACAAUCUUUCUUGACACAGUUAAGUGAAUCACUGCAGUUGUUACCAGUGUUUCCCCAAAAAUAAGACCUUGUUUUAUUUUCUUUCGACCUCUGAAAUAAGCGCUAGGCCUUAUUUUCGGGGAUGUCUUAAUUUCCCUCUACACUUUGUUGUGCUGUUGAGUGUGUGAGCGGCGGUACCGGUGCUGAUGAGCCUCAUGGCAUCCUGCCGCGAGCAGCUGCAACUGCGCAAUGAACCUCACAGGACGCCGUGAAGCUCGUCACACUGGUGCCACCACUCAGGGCAGGACGCUGCAAGAUUUGUUGUGCCAUUGCGCACACAAGCAGCACAACAAACCUUGCAGCAUCUGAGCAGCAGGAGACAUGACAAGCCUCACGACAGUUCCACCACUCGUGCAACAACACAACAAGCCUUGCGGUGUCCUGCCGCAAGUGGCAUGACAAGCCUUCCAAAAUUUGGUGGAGUGAAACAAACCAGGGUUUCUACUGCAACUGGGGCGAGGCUUAACUAGGCCUUGUUUUUGGGCUGGGGCUUAUUUUAGGUGCAGGUCGUAUUUGGGGGGAAACGUAGUAAUACAGUUGUUAACUAAAUCUGGCUUCCUCAUUGACUUUGCUUCUCAAAAGGUCACAAAGGGUGACCUUUGGGACAUUGCAACCAACAUAAAUGCCCGUCAGUUUCCAAGCACCCAAAUUGUGAUCACAUGACC